AUGGUACAUAUAUCUCAGUCCUUCCAGUAUCAUGAUACAAUUGGUCAGCCAUCAAGUGCUGAUAAAUUCCCCAAGAACACCAUCACCCAGACGCAACUAGACCUGCUCAUCCACACCAUCCGAACGACACCCAUCGUCGACCAUCAUGCCCAUCCUCUUCUGAACUGGGACAACCAGACAGGAAAAUACCCCCUGCUCCACAUCACCUCUGAAGCAUCAGGCGACGCCAUCGAAAGCGCCACCACCUCUCUUGCCCACCUGCGCGCCGUUAGACAGCUAUCUACAGAACUCAAAUGUGCACCCAACUGGGAGAGCGUCGUUGCCAAGCUUGAGGCCGUCCGCCUGGAUCCUGAUGAACCCGAUAUCUGGGGUGACUGGAUAAGCCGCUGUCUGGAGGGUGUGCACACCAUCCUCUUGGACGAUGGGCUGGACAACAAGGAAGCUGUGGAAGACCUCGAUUGGCAUACUUCGUAUGUCCAGAGCCCAUGCAAGAGAAUCUUUAGAAUCGAGGCCAUUGCCUCGGACCUGAUCAAGCAUCUUAGCGCGGGCGAGUUCCAUGACGUGAAGAAAGCAGAGGCAAUCAUCAAGGACCCCGCUGCCCUGAAGGAGUUUUGGGAGAACUGGGCAGGGUCGUUUGACAAUGCUAUCAAAAACGCAAUCGACGACCCUCUUGUGGUUGGGUUCAAGAGUGUGGUUGCUUACAGGACUGGGCUGGACGUUGCCGGCAAGGAACCGAGUGGGGAUGCUGUCCAGCCCGCGUUGAAGGAAGUCGUCAAAAAGUUCUUGAAGGUGCGCACCGCGAGGCUGGAGGACUCGAGCUUGAACGACUAUGUCAUCCACAGGACGGCAACCCUGAUUCGAGACUACAUGGGGAAGAAUCACGAAGAGGAUAUCAUCAGAAAGCCCAGGAAACCGAUUCAGUUCCAUACCGGCCUGGGAGAUAGUGACUUGACUCUGGCCAAGGCCUCGCCGAGUCACUUGCAGGAGUUCAUCAGGUCGUACCCGGACGUGCCCAUGGUGCUGCUGCAUGCUGGCUAUCCCUUCACGAAAGAGAUUGCGUACAUGGCUACGGUGUAUAAGAAUGUGUAUGCCGACAUUGGGGAAGUCUUUCCCUGCAUCAGUAAGGACGGACAGGAGAGGGUGCUCAUGGAGAUUCUGGAACUGUGUCCCUGGUCCAAGAUCUUGUGGAGUACAGAUGGACAUUGGUUUCCCGAGACGUAUCUGCUGGCGAUCAUGCAGAUGAGGGAGGCUUUUGAAAACGUAAGUGCCAAAGAACUACUAGAUUACGUCUUGAAGGGGCAAAUCGGCUGGAGAGCCGCUAUCGUACUUGUCCAGGAUCUGCUCUUCAAGAAUGCCAACAAGCUGUAUCAUCUGGGGCUGGACUUUCCAAAGCCAGAGGAAGUUGCGAGCAGGUCUCUCGCGAGAUAUCCCAACCCAUCCCGCAACCUUACGCUGCUCCGCGAGCUCCUUAACAACACCAUUGAGCCGACGUUUGUUCAGAUCUGCUGGAACGAUUAUACCGCCCUGCAGCGUAUGCGUCUGGUUCCGUUCCGCAAGUUUAUGACCCUAUUGGAGGCAGGCAGAUCGCUGGACAUUGGUAUCACCAAGGCUGUUUUUGGUAUGAUCCAGAACGACCAUCUCAUUCCGAGCUCCUCAGCAACAGGAGAAUAUCGUCUACAUCCCGAUUUCUCCUCUCUCAAGCAUGGCCCUGUUGCAGGACACAUCAGCAUGCACGGCGAGUUUCGCGAGCAGGACGGGUUUCCCGUGGCGCUUUGUCCACGAUCGCUGCUCCUUCGGUCAGUCGAGAUUGGCUCCCAGAAGGGACUCGGGUUUCUGCUUGGGUUCGAGAUUGAGUUUCUGUUGUUGGAGCGUGUCGAAGACGAUUCGGUUCUGGACCGCUACACAGCUCUCAAGACCGACGGCCACGCGUGGUCUGUCUCCAAGUACUACGCCAACCCCAAGAUCAACGCUUUGCUCAAAAACAUGGUGGAGACCCUCGACCAGAUGGAUAUUUACGUGGAGCAGAUUCACGCCGAGUCUGCCACUGGCCAGUUCGAACUCAUCCUUCCGCCCUACCCGCCCGUUCAGGCAGUUGAUACCCUGCUGCACACCCGAGAUGUCAUGGCCAACCUGGCCACAGAAGCGGGCUUCAAGAUGACACUCCACCCCAAGCCAUUUGCCAAAGCAUGUGGCACUGCCGCUCAUAUGCACAUGAGCAUCCUGCCCGAAGCCGACGCUUUUGAUGCGGAGAAGGUGACGCGGCACUUUUACGCUGGUGUACUCAAGCACCUGCGCGCCAUCACGGCUUUUAGCUAUUCCAACGCGGCAAGCUACGACAGGGCGCAAGACGGCGUUUGGGCUGGCGGGCGGUGGGUAGCUUGGGGCACGCAGAACAGGGAGACGGCGCUCAGGAAGAUUGAGGGGUCGCACUGGGAGGUGAAGAUUAUUGAUGGGCUGGCAAACCCAUACUUCGUCGCUUCAGCAGUCUUACUAGCGGGGAUCAGGGGAGUGGAAACAGAGGAGAAGAUGGUUUGGGACGAUUGCGAGAUGGACCCGGCCAAGUUGAGUGAUAUGGAUCGGAAGGAGCUGGGAAUUUCGCAGAUGCUUCCGGCUAGUGUUGAGGAGGCGUUGAGGGCGCUGCAGGAGGAUACGGAGAUGGUGGAGAUGUUGGGGCAUGAGUUGGUGGAGAGGUAUGUGGCUAUCAAAGAGUUUGAGGACGAGUUUUUGGGGAAGAUGGGGGCUGAGGUGAGGAGGUUGUGGUUGAUGGAGCGGUAUUAG